UUGAAAUCCAUCUGUGUUAACAUUGGCAAGGUUGAGAUACACACGGUUCUACAGUAAUUGCAUCUGUUCCAUUCACAUUCUUUCUUGCCUAUAAGCUAUGAUUCCGAAAGAGUCCUAUGAAUGGAAGAUACUCAUGCUUGGCUCCGCCUUUGGGUUUAAGCUAUUGGCUGGAGGCAGAUUCAGUCACACACCCCUUCUGGGGAGCAGGAGGAAACAAACAUAGAUGUGCAUUUUUUCUUCUUAUGUCAGUAUUAAAACCGGCUAGCAUGAGGUAGCACCUUCACGCCUCUCUCCGCCACAGCUGGUUCAGCUGUCAGGAUCCUCUUAGUCCUUCCCUGGAGCCCCUAAACUGAUCUCCGCUGAAAAGCCGGGCUAAAAUCACAACUUGAGCAUCGGAGACAACUGUACAACUCCCUGAAUGUUUGAUGCUCUUCCUGUUUGCACCUGCUGAGAACUUCGACCAGACGACUGACAAGCCACUCCAACCAGUCUCCUGCCUAUUUUGUUAAAGACUUUCCACCAUGGCCCCAGAUGGAAGAGGCUCCUGGUGGUGAUGGCCCUAAGACCUCUGGAUUUAUUCUAAGCUCCUUGCCAGCUGACACCCUGAAGCCACAUGGUUGUCUUUGCCCCUCUGGAAGCUGAACAGAUUCUCCUGGCAUACGGCCUAGAGGGCCAUGGGUUUGUGGAACCCACUAACCAGCUGGACUUUUGGAUUCUCCUUGAUGACCCUCCUGUGGGCCACGUCAGCCAGGGAACCCAGAGACUCAGUUCAGCAAGUAGAUACCACGUGUCCCUGGCCGGAUGUUCACCGGCACGCACGGAGCUACCACCACCUGGAAGGUGACGUGCGCUGGCGGCGUCUCUAUUCCUCCAAUCAUUUCUUCCUAUGCAUUGGUGGUGAUGGCAAAGUCGAAGGGACACGGCGGAAAGAGAGCCUGAACAGCAUUGUGGAGAUCCGUUCUGUACAGGUGGGAACCGUGGCCAUUCGAUCCAUCCACAGUGGAUUCUACUUGGCAAUGAACCGAAAAGGAAAAGUCUAUGGAACGAAAGCAUACAGCCCCAACUGCAAAUUCAAGGAACGUAUUGAAGAGAAUGGCUACAAUACCUACGCCUCUUUCCACUGGUACCACGAAGGGCGACCCAUGUUCCUCUCCCUCAACAGCAAAGGACUGCCACGACGAGGGACGAAGACCCGCUGGCAACAUCUCUCCACCCAUUUCCUGCCAAUGCUCGUCUCAUGAUGGAGGAACACUCUGGACUACUUGCUCAACUGUACACUACUAUUUUUUCUUCUUUUUACGACCCCUGUAAUCCCUUAAUUCAGGGAAGAGCUGGGGCACCUGGAUGGAGCUGAGCGUUUACUGGCCAGAUGCCCUUCCUGACGCCUAUGUGGAGUUUGCAGCAGAUAUUUUCUCUUUCUUCCCUGAGAAACAUCCGUCACUACCUGGGAUUGAACUCUCAACCUUCCGAGUGGGAGGCAAGCAUCUUCACCACUAGGCCACCAUGCUGCUCAACCAUGCACUACUAUAUGAUGUAUUUAAGAAUUGUUGGGGGGGAGGUGGGAAGGAUAUAUUUAUUUUUUGUAAAGAAAAUAAGAAAAUGAAGGAAAAUCAGCUUGGAAUUCAACAGAAUAAAGACCAUUAGGAAAGACGAAAGAUGUCAAAACAUAUUUGCUUUCUCUUCGCUAUGUAUUUUACCUUUCUGCCUUCUUGAAUCUGUGAGCAAAAUUAAUCUUGAGGGCCUACCAAAGGUGGCUGGCAGUAGAGCAGCUCCCUUUUUCCUGGAAAUGCCCCACCCCCAUCCCAGGGUGGAGGUCCAGUCUGCUGCCCGCUAGGCAUAGAGAGUCCAAAGGCUCAUGUCUCCCUGCCUGCUUUGAUCAGCAGCACAAAAGUUGACAAUCUUGGCAGCCAGCAACUAUGAGUCUGGGGAGGGUGAUGCAUCACAUCUGUGGGCAGGGGUAGGUUUUUCUGGUUUUGCACGAUUUGGGUAAAGCACAAGGAAGGAAGUGUCUGACUGCCUGUCUAAAUCAGUGAUGGCAAA